CGCCGGAUGUCACGGUGUCCGCGUCCGGAACCCCCGAAGUGUGCACGAGUGGGGCGCAAGAAAACGCGUGAAUCUGGAGAACGGUGUCGAGACCCGGUGGAAAAGACCAACGAGUGAUUCGAACAUUUAAUGUGCGGCCGGCCGACAGUUGGUGAUGACCGCUCGAGUUGUUCUGGUGCAGCAAAAGCGUGUGUGGUACUCUAGUCCAGUCGUUUUGUUUCGGUGCACCCUUUCACAGUGUCCGUUGUUGGUUUACCGUCCCGUACUUGAAGGCGAAGGAGUGAAAGUACUGUGAGACCGGGCACCCAACAAAGAGCCGGAGAAGUGAAAACAACAUCGUCGGAUUCGAAAUGAUGUGAGAAGUUCAGUUCGCGACUGCCGCUAAUUGGUGUGGACGUUUUUAUUAACGGGUCCCGGGUUGCGUUAAAAUAUUAAUUACCAUCUUGCCGUGUGUGAACUGUGUGGGUAUUCAAUUGGAGACUGUGCGAUUUUGUGAAAUGGUCCGAUGAUCGAUGGUUUUGUGAAUGUGGAUGUAAUAUGACUAUUUCGAUGGAUCACAGAGGACACAGGAAGAACUCAUGGGACUCCAAGAUGUCCGUGAGCACGGUGAGCACGGGGACGAGGCAAUUCAGGAGAUCUCCAAGCUCGAUCUUGUCUUCGGAUUCGGAUAUCCGGUUCACGAGGAAAAAACUGACGUCGCAGUAUCGUUGCGGGUGCUGUAUCAUUGCCACAUUUCUGCUGCUGCUGCUGGUGGCCGCUGCUGGGGUCUACAUAGCCUACACAUUCUUCCUGCCGGAUGAGCCAGAGGAACAAGUAUUCCGGGCCACAUUCAAAGUCGUGGAAGGCGACACCUUCACUCCGGAAUUGGCUGACCCAAGUACAAAGAACUUCCAAUCACGAUCGAGAGACUACAGAGAAAGACUGAACUUAUUAUUUAGAAGGAGUCCCAUCCGCCACGGUUACAUGGGGACCGAAGUGUUGGCAUUGGACGGAACUGAAGACAAAGACUUGAUCGUGCACUUCAACGUGCACAUAGAUCCGACGUACGUGGAACUGAACGCGAAAGAAAUCGAAGACAUACUGGCAGAGGAGAUCGGCCUGAAAGAGUCCAUCUACUUCAAGAACAUCACGAUAGAUUCCGGAAGCCUGGAGGUGAAACCCAGCAACCUGCUGCCGCAACCAACCACGGUCACGUCUCCCACGACUGCCGUUUCGCAAGCGGUCACUCAGACUCCGGCACCUCCGAGGAGAUGCUCCGCCAGACAGCUACCAUAUUGCAACAAGUUGCCUUAUAACAUCACCACUUAUCCCAAUCUGCUGGACCAUAAGAACGUCAAGGAUGUCGAGGAUCACGUAAUUGCUUUUAGGGAAUUGGUGGACGCUGAAUGCUACAGGCACGCCUAUGAGUUUGUGUGCCAGGUUCUGCAACCUCCGUGUGUAAAAGGUAAUGUCGAAGAUGAAAUGGUGCUACCUUGCCGAAGCUUUUGCCGAGAUUUUAUGGCCGGAUGUGGAGGGCGACUUCCAGAGACUCUUAAGUCACAAUUGGACUGUAGCCGUUUCCCAGAAUAUAGCGACAAAACUAACUGCAUAACAAAACCCGGUUGUGUGGACGAGUUGCAAUCCAGAGCUCAGUCACCAAGAAUAUGCGAUGGUGUCAUCGAUUGUCAAGACUUAUCGGAUGAAAAGACAUGCACUUAUUGUCCAAAGAAACACAUCCACUGUGGCCUUGGUCGAAGCUGCAUUCCUGAAUCCAAGAGGUGCGACGGCAGAGUUGAUUGUCCAGAUGGGGGUGACGAAAGGGGAUGUCUGAGUCUGACUCCAACAGUUGACACGUUAAAGAAGGCGGACGUUGUAACGCCGCACCUUGCCCGUUAUUAUUCAGAAGGAUUUGUAACCUUUAAUGAGAAAGGUGAAGUCGGCAAACUUUGUACCGAAAAUCUGAACAACAGUUUACCCUCGAACCAAACCACCGAAGUGCUUCACACCGUCGCUUCAUCGUUAUGCAAAUCCUUAACAUACCAGAACGUCCUUUCGGUGCAAGUAGAAAAAGAUUUCGAAUUGAACGUUCCGUACGUUAGCAUGAAAGAUCCUACAGCUUCUGAAAUCAGCUUUAUUAGAACUCCGUGUCCUUCAAAGCAAGUACUGAAGGUAGCUUGUUCGAAUCUAGAAUGUGGUGUACAGAGUACGCACGGACCAACAGGCUACACAACGUUGCCGAAGAUGUCCAUCCACGGCGACUGGCCUUGGCACGUUACUCUGAUGAAGGAAGACGUUCACAUCUGCGACGGCACGUUGGUGUCCCCCGAAUGGGUGGCAACCACUACUUCCUGCUUCCAGGGACAACCUAAGGCGGAAUGGACCGCACGAUUUGGUAUCGUAAGGCUGACGAGUUCGUCGCCGUGGGAACAGGAGCGUAGAAUAAUCGGCAUGGUUAAAUCACCGGUGGAAGGCAGUACCGUGGCAUUGGUUAAACUAGACCAGCCGGUGACUUUGAACGAUUUUGUCAGACCAAUAUGUCUUCCGAAGAAAAAUAUGGCGUUCUCCGAGGACCUGGAGUGUAACACGUUGGGCUGGGCGAGGAAUCGGGAACAACUGCAGAGGGUUCAAGUCAAGAUAACGUCCAUGGAGAAAUGCGAGAAUAUUAGUAUUUCGAAUAUGAACAGUCUUUGUACCGAUACGUUGCACGGGCAAAAUGAUUGUGGGGAAGAGGAGUUGGCUGGCAGUCCCUUGGUGUGCACUAAUAAGAAAAGGGACCAAUGGACGCUGGUUGGAGUAACGAACUGGAGGAUAGCUUGCUCUAAAAAUGGCGUGGAAAGACCAAGGAUGUAUGAUAAAAUUGGUUCUAAUGUGAACUGGAUAAUUGAAACUAUAAACUCGAAAGAUAAUUAAAGGAUGAGAUUUUAAAUUAAUCUGAUGAGAUAUUUGAAAAUUGGAACGUAUGAAAUGAGACUAUGAAAUAGUGAAGUUUCAAUGAGUUAAUUUGUAAUAUGUGAUGUUUAUAAAAUGUAGUGUACGUGCCAAUGUGAUUGACUUGUAUAAAAAGAAUAGAAUACUGGUUAUUUAAGAAUAUGUUUGUAUACAGUGUACCUACAAAAUAUACCUAUGAAUUGUUAUAUAAGUAAAUUAUUAUAUUAAAAUAGAUUGUAUUUAGAAUUCGUAAGUUUAAUGUUAUGUUUUUUAAUAAAAUAUUAUUAGUCAUUA